UAGAUACUUCUUCGAGCUAGAUACUUUGGUAUUAAGACUCGAAAUUCACCUCAAAAUUAAAUAAACGUCGCUGCUUUGCGUUGCUAUUGGUGAACGAUUUCAAUAACACUUGGACACGUGGUAAAAUGUCUGAAAGUUUUACGCAAUCGAACUUCGUAAAAGAACAACUUGACGACGACUUAGAGGAAAUACUUGGUGCAACUCAAAGUCUAUUUCAGAGCUUCAUCAAAACACAACGGGACCUGAAAUCUGCUCAACUGGACACGAAAUUGGUCACGAACGAGCUAAAUACGCUAAAACAGCGUAUUAAAUCGGAUCAACACGGUGACCUGUCUGACUGGAAACAGUUUUCACAAAAGUUGAAUAAUAUCGUGCAAACAGUAAGUGAUCGAAAAGAUAUUGCGGAAUAUGAGCGAAAGAUUGCUACACUAGCGGAAGAUAACAUCAGGUUGAAACAGCAACUUGCAAAUCUGAAUGCUCAACACACCAAAGAAAUAGAGCAAGAAAAGCGAAGAUUAAAACAAGAACAUGACAGGGAAAAGACUCAAUACACGAAACAGGUAUCCGAGUUAAUGAUACACAAAGAGCUGGCUGCUUCCGAGGCAUCCAUCCGGUACGAUCAGCUGCAGUUCAAAAUGCACCAUGCACAGCAAGACAGUGAACAACGUUACAGUUCAAUGGUGACACAGUACGAGAAGCUAUUGCAAUCGCUAAGUGAGCAGAAACAAAAACUGCGAGAAGAGAAUACGGCGCUUCAGAAGCGCGAGCAAAAGUUACUCAACCAGUUGGAUCACAUACAGAAUCACUCUACCGACUAUCUGCUGGGUUUGGGAAGGAUUGCCACGCCCGUAGAAGGCUGUCAGCGAUACUCGGAGGUUGUUGAGAUAAUUCCUCGUGUUUGUAGCAGCCAACGGUUCGGUCAGGAUGAGGAAGACAAUGAAGCAGGAUUGCAGACUGGUAGUACACCGAAACAAAAUACUAUUGAGGUGGCAGAAGCGUCAUCAUCCUUGCCCUCGACUAACAGGCAUCCUCGAAAUAAAAUCAACACUCCAGAAAGUCCGCAGCAUCCUGGUAUGGGAGGUCACAUUGCUAAACCGCGUAAAAAGAGAAAACUUUUCAAUCACAUGGUAGGUGAGAAAUGAAAUCGAUCUCGUAGCGCUAAAUAUGUUGCGUAUUCAUGCAAUAUGAUUUUAAUGGGUUUUCUUUGGCCAGCAAUGGCAUAAAAUCACUCACUAUAAUGAUGUCAAUAACAAUUAAAUUUAGUAUGACGCGUAAUUAUACUACAGCUUAAAGCAAUGAGAAAAGCGACAUCCCCUGCUUUUCCUCCAUUUGGUUAAAAAUUACAAAUCUAAAUGUUGUACUUUGUUGUAGAUUUGCGAACUCAUAAUGAAACACUUUUAUCGUUGAAUAAUCGUAGGUAGUACGGCUAGCAUAGUGAAUUCGAGUCACACUGACCUACAUAAUUAUUCAAAAAAUAUCUUUGUGUAACAAGUUAACAGAAAAUAUGGGAAAAUCAAAAAUAAAAUUAUAACAAUCUUU